UGGUGUCGCAUUAGGCCUGUCUGUCAUCUUCUUCACCAUCCCCUGUCGAGUUGGUAGUACAGAGGCAAUCUGAAGUAGGAAGCCAUGAAUAUGAAGCACGUCGAGGAUCAGAUGGCACUCCUUUCUAGCUUGUACCCUGUCAUGAGUCCACCCUUUCCAGAAGGUGCCCCCAACCCACACACCAUCUUAGCAGAGUCGACUGUAUCAGGGGAUAUGGACCCUUUCUGGCUCAUCAGCAGCGUCGAGUGUCCGGCGGACGAGCCCAAGCCCAGGCGUCGAAGGAACAAGAAGGCCAAGUCCGACGCCACGGCAGAGAUGAAGAAGCGCAGGCUCAGCGCAGAGCAAGUCAAUUUCCUGGAGAAGAACUUCGACAACGAGCACAAGUUGCAGUCUGAGAGGAAGCUUCGGCUCGCCAUGGAGAUCGGCCUCGACCCCCGUCAGGUCGCCGUCUGGUUUCAGAACCGGCGAGCCCGCUGGAAGAGCAAGCAGCUGGAGGAAGAGUACCAGAGGCUCAAGUCCUUGUAUGAAAAUGCCAACUCAGAGAAGAGCAAGCUCGAAUCGGAGGUCGCCAAACUCAGAGAGAUGCUGACAGAAGCUGAGAAGGAGAUUUCUAGGCUCUCAGAGAAGAGCUGCAGCCCAAGCUCAUCAUUCUCCAUGGACGCGCCGCAGGCGUUUCCGGCAGACUUUGAGGUUGACCAGCAGGAGCACUUCAUGUACACGCCGGAGGACGUCAGCAUCUAUUCUAUGGAUUGGAACAAUUUCUAUCCCAAUCUCCUGUAAUUGCUAUAUAUUUGUGUAGAAUUUUAACCCUCUAGUAGAUUUUUAACCCCCAUGUAAGAUUAACCACUGGUAUGUAGAUUUCCUAAGAUGAUGAUUAAUGUAAUUGUGGAUUAUUUUCUUC